ACACGUGUAGUGCCAAACAUUCCCUUAGUUUAUUUACGUUUUUGUUGGUGAUUGCACCCGAAGUGACAGAGGACGUACACAAUUCUCAUCAUUUGGCUGUAUGCGACAGUGAAGACGGACUGACAAUCAAGUGGAAGAACGCGUUUUAGCUGGAUAGUAGCCUAGUAAUCUGUUCCAUGAUCUUUCACAGCUUCGUCAAAUGAUGGAACACCUGCCUAAUUCCAACUCCAAAUACAAAGAUGUCGAGUACUGGGAUGACCGCUACAAGACAGAGCACAGUUUCGAAUGGUUUGGAGACCUUUCCAAGUUUCAUCACUUGCUUCAAGAUUCUGUCAACAAAGAAGAUUCAAUACUGGUUCUCGGCUGCGGCAACAGUGCGAUGAGCGUGGACCUGUACGAGGCCGGGUUCACCCGCAUCACCAACAUCGACUACUCCGCCAUCUGCAUUGACACCAUGGCGGGUCGCCAUAGCAACUGCGCGGGCAUGAGCUGGCUCUGCAUGGACGCCCGGCGGCUGGAGUUCGGCGACGGGGCUUUCGACGUGGUACUGGAGAAAGGGACGCUGGACGCCAUGCUGGUGGAGGAGAAGGACCCCUGGAGGGUGUCCGAGGAGACUGCCCGACUCAUGCACGAGGUCCUCACAGAGGUCAGCCGGGUUCUUAAGCCAGGUGGACGCUUUGUCUCCGUGACGUUCGCCCAGCCACACUUCCGGAAGCGUCUGUACGCCCGCCGCCAGUACGGCUGGUCUAUCCGUCAUCACACCUACGGCCACGGCUUCCACUACUUCCUAUACGUGCUUACUAAAGGGGAGGAGCUGAGCGAGGAGGACUCCGCCCUCGAGCAGAGGGUGCUGCUUGAGGCAGAGGCCCCGCCCACUGCUGAUGUCACAUUUCAGGAAGAGGAAUCUGAGGACUUUCUCACCAACAUCAAUCUGUAGAUGCAUAGAUGGAUGAGGUUCUAUGUCUAACUGUUGCAUCAAUUCUAUAAGUUUUCUUUUGUUUCAGACAUAGGAACCUCUGAUGAAGAAGGAAGUUCCGCCGUCGAAAUAAAAGAAACCUUGGGUACACUUUACUUGACGCCAGCGUCAUACGUAUGACAUAACAGGAUCAUAAUAGUGUCAAAACAGUGUCAUGACAGGAGUCAUAAACACAAUGUCAAUGUCAUAAAAGUUUCCUGGUCAUGAAAAGUUGACAUUGUUAGGCCUGUCUUUAUCAUAACCGAAUUUCACUUAAUGACAAAGUCAUUAAAUGUUUAUGACAUUGCAUAAUGACAAUGUUAUGACACUGUUAUGUGAUACGUAUGACGCCGGCGUCAAGUGAAGUGUUAUCGCAAACUUUAAGAAUCGAUCUGUAGAGUUAAACGUGACACUCGGGACACCUUUGACAGCUAGGACACCCAAGCAGUGCCUCAAACAUGUAUGACUGGUCCCAUGUUUUAUUCACGAUCAGGUUGAUUGGGCCUUGUGACAUUUCUGUGCUCACAGAGACUGAGUAAAGGGAUAACCUUGAUCAGUUGAGGGGCUAAUGUCGGUUUGUUUACAAUUGUCCUCAUACUCUGACUGCAAAUUGUGUGUGUGUGUGUGUGUGUGUGUGUGUGUGUGUGUGUGUGUGUGUGUGUGUGUGUGUGUGUGUGUGUGUGUGUGUGUGUGUGUGUGUGUGUGUGUGUGUGUGUGUGUGUGUGUGUGUGUGUGACGGGUGAUUGAUGGGAAAUGGCUCGUGUGUAUAAUAACAUAGCCUUUCAAAAUGUCUCAUGACGUGGCCUUUUAUCAUGAAUAAAUGCCAUACUUUUUUGUUUUAAUGUCAGGAUUGAAUACUCUUAACAGAUGUUGAUAACUAUAGUACCGGUAUAGUAUUUGCAAAUGAAACAAUGUCAAUACACACCUUGCCGACUGGAACUGAAACAGAUCAUCAGAGAUGUAUUAGAAAGAC